CACAUAUUUCUUCACACCAAAUCAUCUGGUCUGAUCAUGUCCUCUAUCUCGGCCUCAGUUCCUACGUCUGUCAAGGGCAUGCGGAAGAAUGGAAAAAACUGGCACGACUCCAAAAAGCCCUUUCGCCCUACGGCGGGUAUGACCUCCUAUGCGAAGCGCCUAGAAAGCCGCAAACACCAAGAGGCCGUUAAAGAACACGAGAGGGAACUGAAGGAGGAAAAAGAGGCCGAGAGAAAGGCCCAUAUUCAACGAAUCAAGGAUCGUAGAGCCGCCAAGGAGGAGAAAGAGCGCUAUGAGAAGAUGGCCGAGAAGAUGCAUCGCAAACGAGUUGAGCGCUUGAAGCGCCGUGAAAAGCGCAACAAACUGUUGAGCUCUUAAGGGUGCCUAGAGUUUGGUCGAAUUUGGACAGUUCAACGUAUGCUGUCCCGGUUGAGGUGUUUCUUGCUCUUUGUCUGCUGCACUGGAUGCAUGACGGCCACCCUCAACCGUUUGAAAUUACUCUUCCUCUCAUUUCUUCCAGAGAAUGCCUCGUUGGGUCAUAAUUUCGGCAGAUAUCUUAGCAAAACGCGGCCUCUUUCCACAUCCCGAAUGGUAUCGGGACAAGACGGGAUCAUGGCGACCAUGGAGUUGGGGUUCUGUAUAUUGAAAUUCUGCUUGUAUACAUAGGGAAAUAAAAAUUAAUGACGGUCU